AUGAGAAUUCUCGGUGAUUCCAUGCCAACCCUCCUCCCCGACUGCACCACCACUUCGGCCCCGUCAUUCUUCCGCUGCCAUGGUCUCGACCUCCUGGCAAUGGCGGCCCUUCACGUCGUCAGAGCCGCUGAGGAGAAGAAGGAGAGCAGCGGCCACCAUGGAAGCAGCUUCGAGGAUAUCGACGUCGAUCUGCUCAUGGAGGAGGAAAAUGCGGGGACUGGAGGAGGAGCCGAGUUUUUCUCGGCGGCGGGGAGGACGAGGCGGAGGAGGAGGACGGCGGUGCCCCCCAAAUACCAGGACUCCGUUCUUCAGCCUUGGAAGCGGCAGACCCGGCGUCGCCGCCGGUUGUCUCCCUCCCCCAGACGGCCGGGCUAG